AUGACCUCGCGCGCCGCGCGCUGGCUCCUCGCGGCGCUCGCCGCGCUCGGCGCCGCGCCCGCCGCCGCCGACGACGGCCUCGACAUGGCGAAGAUGUAUUUCGGCAUGCUGGACACGGACGCCGACGGCAAGGUGUCGAGGCCAGAGCUCGACACCUUCGUGACGAACAUGAUGGCCAUGAGCGGCGUGCCGGACCUCGCCGACGACCCCGCGCUGCCGGCCAUGAUCGACACGGCCUUCGCGAUGAGCGACGCGGACAAGAGCGGCUUCGUGAGCCUCGAGGAGGCCGCGGUGACGCAGGAGGAGAUCACGAAGAUGGUCGGCGCGUUCAUGGCCGAGAAGAUGCAGGGCGCCGACCUCUAG